AUGGCUGCACCCUUGCAGCGCCUGAGCAGCACGUACCUGGUCGAGCAGGCUGUGCUCGGCGAGCAGUCCAAAGUUGUUUGCCUGCGAUUCGGGCAAGACUUUUCACCGGAGUGCAUGAAGAUGGAUGAGGUGCUAUCAUCUGCAGCACAAGCGGUGGAACCGGCGUGCAGUAUCUACGCAGUGGACAUGCGCGAGGUGCCAGAGUGCGUCUCGGAGUUUCAGUUGACAGCGCCUGCACAGCUGAUCUUCUUCUUCAGGGGGAAACCUCUGGACUUGGAUCUGGGAUCGGGUCCGCAGAAGAAGGUGGAAUUCACUCUCAGUAGUCGGCAGGAAUUCCUGGACCUCGCUGAGGCAGUAUGCCGUGGUGCACAGCAAGGCAUGCAGCUCAUCGUGGCGCCCCGAGAUUAUUCCAUGCAGUUCCGGUACUGA